ACAUUGAUUAUUGGUUCGAUGAUUAUAGUAUCUUUCAUUUGUAAUUGUUCACACAAGGGUAAAAAGCUAAAAUUAACAUGUUGUAUUUUUAAAUGUAAACCUUAUUGUGUGUGUCGUUUAAUUAGUUCCUGCUUAUAAUGGCUGUUGUUGAUUUACAGUUGCUCGUACAAACUGUACUUUAUUUUUGUAUUUUUAUAUGUGGAUUUGCUAUAUCUAUUCCUGUCGGCGUUACCACGAAUACUUUUGAUGGAAUGUGCAUACUAUAUGCAGGCUUUGAAAAAGAGGAUGGUAGCUCUAAAUUUAUCAUGACGUCUAGCAGCAAGGUGAAUUGUAAUUUCCCCGUCUACAUGAGUGUGUUUGCAUGCAUAUUUUAUGGACUGGCACUCGGUAUUUAUUAUGCAUAUGCAGUUCGAAAAUCUACAGCAAAACAAACUAUUGGGUCAGAAAUGUGGGUAAUGCCAUCUAUGUUGAUAAAUUCUGCGAUAUGCGUGAUGGUAUUGAUAAGUGCAAGCAUGAUAAGUGUUGGUUAUAAAUUAUUCUGUGAUAAACUGGAAGAAUACUCUACUCUAAAGACAUGUGGUGAUGGAAAAAACUAUAAGUGGACAAACAGGACAACUUCAACAAAAUUUACACCUGGAGACUAUGCUAGAAUGAUGACUGUCGCACAGAUUGCUUGUUGGACUGCUUGUUUACUCUUUCUAUUGCAAGUUGCUCUUGGAAUAUUGCGUUUCCAUAGAAACAGACGACUUCGUCAAUCGUCAACAGAUAGGGAAAGGAUUGGGAAUGUGGAACCAACUGCUUAAAUGUUAGAAGACAUUUCAUAACAGAAUGAACGUACGAAUUCGUUGCAUGUCCAUAUAUUUCACUAUUAUCAUGAUUAUUGUAUAUGUACGAUAAACCUUUUUUGGAAUUAAGCUAUGUUUUGCAAAUUUUUGGCUUUGCAUAUGGCUACUAACUAGUUUUCAGAUGAAAUAUUUUCCUAAUUUUGUCUAACAAAAACUUCAUCAAUAAUAAUGCUGAACGCCAGACGCUGUUUAAAAACAACCAAUCAGGUACACUCGAAUAAAAAUGUUUACAAUGACAAAUGAAAUGUGAAGUUGAAGAGCAUUGAGUAAAAUAAUUUUUUGGUUUUUUUUCCAAAUUUGUCAGGGGUAAACUAUUCCUGGAAUAGAAAACCUAUUGCAUUUUGAACAAUUGAAAUUUUUAUCAAUAUAACUACAUAAACUAUAAUUUAUGUCACCCUAGAAAUGUUGUUAUCUUGGAAUGUGAUACAUUUAAGAGUAGAUAUCCACCAGCAAGGGGUAUCGACCCUGUGGAUGUAAACACAAUCAUUAAAGAUGCCAGGCUUAAUAAUUUUUACGCCAGAAAACACAAAAGACCAUUCUAAUAUGACGUGCUUCUUUCGCUUUGUGUAUAAAACAAUACUCUAAAUGAAAUACAAUAUAUUUGGACAUGCGUAUAUUGACUACUGCAGGAUAAUGAAUUUUAUAACAUUUUAUUAAAUAUACUUCAUUCUCA